GGUUUCAGCGCGCUUCCACGAUGGCUAUCUGCGACCGGAUGUGUUUGGAUAUUCUCUAGGGUGCAAUCCUGAUAUGCGGUUGCUUGCAAAGGAAUGCGAAUCAUUUUCGUCUGUGCUUAUCUGUCGGUCGGGUUAGGGGUUUAGUGAAUGCUCUCAGCAAAAAAUCUGUCUUCUUAGUAAUAGGGCUAGCAUUUUAGAGCGUUUUUAGGCAGCUUUUAAUCAUAUUCGCGUUGCGAUAGUUCGCUUAUGACAAACAUGCAAGGGCAUUGAAUUCAGCCCGCAUCGGUAUUCAAUUGCAUUUCCUAAAGUCCACUUUGGCACUUUAACAAUUCAAUAUCGCGAAAAGGUUGCACUAGCGACAAGGGAAGUUAUGCUUAAUGGACGAGAGUUUAGAGCAGGCAGAACGGCCUUUAUAUGUCGCGUACACGUCUCAGGCCAGAGCCAAGUCCCCAAUGCUGAAAACAAUGGUGCCCAACCACAUCGCCGGCUCUAUAAUCGGGAAGAAGGGUCAAACGAUACAGAUCCUGCAAGAACAGACAGGCGCGAAACUCAAGCUUUCGUCGGCUAAUGAAUUCUACCCCGGCACCUCUGAACGCGUGGUCGUCAUCCUGGGUGAACUCCACCAAAUCCUGGCGAUGCUGGAUCUCAUUACCGAGAAAAUUCGUAGCGAGUUACCCGGACGGGGGGGUGGCCCGUCUAACCCGGAACGCUGCAACAUGAUCAAGUUGAUCAUCCCCAAUUCUACGGCUGGCAUGGUGAUUGGUAAGGGAGGUUGUUUCAUCCGAGGCAUAACGGAAGAGACUGGAGCGAAGCUACAAAUUUCUCAUAAAGAUUUAGAGAUCCCCGCUGAGAGGGUGAUCACGAUAACCGGGGAGCCAGAUCAGGUAAAGGCGGCCGCGACAGCUGUGGUCACGAAAUGUCAGGACGACCCGGAGCAUGGUGUCAACACCAAUCUUAACUACUCCGGUUACGCUAGGAAUGCGCCGGGGUCCUCUAGUGGUCCUAGCACUUCGAUGGCUGGAGCACUCGGGAAUCUCUCGACCCUCCUAGGCCUUGGAACUGCUAACCAAGAGUCCUCAAAUGCGAACCUUCUUGCUCAAGCUAGUAUGUUAGCCUCCAACUCUCUUGGAUCAAACCCACUCUCGUCCAAUCCUCUAGCGACCGCUAAUCCACUGAGCGCAAUGUUAGGCAUGCAACAUUUGGGUGGCACCUCCCCCGGUAAUGCAAUCACAACAACUGCCACUUAUGAGAUGUCUGUUCCCGAUCAUCUCGUCGGGAUCAUCUUGGGUAAGGGCGGGAAAACUCUGAACGAGUUCAUGCAGUUCAGUAAUGCCGUCAUCACUAUAUCCCACAAAGGAGAGUUUAUAACAGGGACUACGAACCGGAAAGUUGUAAUAACUGGUGACCCUACAUCAGUCCAGACAGCAUAUUUCUUAAUAUCACAGAAAAUCAUGCAAGAGGCACCGAAGUUAGGAUCUACAUUCACAUAAUACAACAUACUUUUAUUACCGCUUGUUUUUGUUUCUUUGUUCCAAGUCGGGUUUUUUUUGUCCGUAUGGCCAAGUUUGUAGGCCUUAUAUUAAUAUUGGGCGUAGAUUUCAGGGAGAUUUAGGCUUUACCAAUCAUAUCAUACCAAAACACAUCUUAAGUCCAGCCAUUAUCAAUACACUUACUCAUAGUAUGUAAAAAGCUAGCGGUUCCUAGUUCCACCGUUUCUUUACGUCUUCAAGCCGUCUUCUGUCACCUUGCAAAAUACAGGCUUCACUACAAUUCAUUUUCAUCAUUGGCGAAUCAUCCAUGACCAUGUUCCAUCUUCAAACAAUGUUUCGCUCAAGUUCACCAGCUGCGUUCAUUCGUCCUGUUCAGGAGAGCGAGGAUUUAUCAACACAAUUCUCGUCUGCACAAUCUAUAACAUCGACAGUUCCAUUGAAGACCACCAACUCAAAACCAAUCAACUCAGGAACAUUUCUUUCAUUAUAUGCGAACGUUCACAUCUUCAUGUUUCAUUCAAGGACGUCGUUUAUCAUCGAUUUACCGACAGCCAUCCAAACCAGAUCAAUUUCUUCAAUCACAACGUGUCAUUAAACGCGCAUAUGACAUUCAAUCAUCAUUUUUGGACCUUUUUGAACAUAUUUAUUUCACCAAAUCGCUGAGUUGUACAUUACUUUGAGCUGUAUUUAGUUGUUAACAUUUUCACUGAUCUAUCUUCUAACAUUUGAACAUUUUCAAUUCAUGUCGUGAAAUGUUUAUGUUAAUCUAAUCUCCACGUCGUAUCUUGUCUAAUUAGUUGUCAUCCAUAAAAACUGAUAAACAACCACUAUUAAUUAUUAGAGGCUCGUCAAAAUCGCACAUGAAAAUUGCAAAUCAUGUCUGAACUAUAUUCCUAACGAGCUUGUAGCAAAAAUGAAACAAAUUACGGUUUAAAUGAAUUGCCUGAUUACGGCUUUAUUUGUUCUAAUUUUCUAGUUACGCAUGCGUGAAUGGUUUUACCUAUUACCGAAGC